GAGCCGAGAGCUUCUAGCGAAUCGAGCCAGGGGGAGCCCCAGGCAGGGCGGGCGGGGGAAGGGAACGCAGCGUCUCCCGCGGGCACAGCCAGGGGGAACCCCAGGCCAGCGCCCACCCCGUCGACCCCCGCUCCUCUUGCCGCCCCACGGGCGCCGUAGCCCCCGGCCCAGCGCCCCCCCCCCCGCGCCCCCAUGGCAGCGGCCAAGGCCGAGAUGCAGCUUCUGCCCUCGCUGCAGAUGGCCGAUCCCUUCGGCUCCUUCCCGCACUCGCCGCCCACCAUGGACUCCAACUACCCCAAGCUCGAGGAGAUCAUGCUGCUGGCCGGAGCCGGCUCGCAGUUCCUCAGCCCCGGCGGCGGCGGCAGCGAGAGCGGCGGCGCCGGAGGAGCAGGAGGCAACGGCAGCUUCAACCCCUCGGGCGAAGGCGGAGAGCAGUCCUACGAGCACCUCGCUGCAGGUAGGCAGAGGCACGUCCCGGAAUGGGGGGGCAGAGGGGCAGCCCUCCACCCCGUCGGGCAGGGGACUCCGCUACCCUGAGUGCGCGCGGGGAGGGAGGGGGAUUCUCCGACGUGCGUCACCCGCCCGGGCCAGGUAGCUCCGGCAGCUGGAGCCGCGCCAGGCGCUGCAAGAUGUAGCGCUCCAUCCUUCCAGAGCCCUGGGGGAGGGAGGGGAGUCCCCGAAGUGGGGCCGACCAGGCGAGCGCGAUGCCCCGAGAUGAUCAGCUAGCUGGGGGGUGGCAGCUGUGGCUCCGAUGCCUGCCUGCCUGCUUGCAUGCUUGCCUUUGGGGUGGCGAUGGACGGAGGAGGAGGCGGCGCUGUGGGGACUUACCUUGGGCCGCUUUUCUCUCGGCAGACACUUUCCCCGACAUCUCCCUGAGCGGCGACAAGCCCUUGGCGGUGGAGACCAGCUACCCGAGCCAGACCACCCGCCUGCCGCCCAUCACCUACACGGGUCGCUUCUCCUUGGAGCCGGCGCCUGGCAGCGGGGGCAGCACCCCUCUGUGGCCGGAGCCUCUCUUCAGCCUGGUCAGCGGCCUGGUGGGCAUGGCCACCCCGCCCGCCACCUCCGCCGCGGCGCCGCCGGCGUCCUCCGCCUCGCCGUCCAUCCCGUCGUCGUCGUCCGCCUCGCCCAGCCCGGCGCUAAGCUGCUCGGUGCAAGGCAGCGACUCGAGCCCCAUCUACUCGGCGGCGCCCACCUUCCCAGCCCCUGGCGGGGCCGACCUCUUCCCGGAGCAGCCCUUCGCCAGCCCGUCGGGGGGCUCGCUGUCCUUCCCGCCUCCGGCUUACCCGACGGGCAAGAGCACCUUCCAGCUCCCCAUCAUCCCGGACUACCUCUUCCCGCCGCAGCAGCAGCAGCCAGGGGGCGACCUGGGCCUGGGCUCGGCGGAGCAGAAGCCUUUCCCGAGCCCGCAGCCGUCGCUGACGCCGCUGUCCACCAUCAAAGCCUUUGCCACGCAGAGUAACGGGGGCGGCGGCGGCUCGACGGCGGAGCCCAAGAGCAGCCUCCCGGGGUCGUACCAGGCGCAGCUGGUCAAGCCCAGCCGCAUGCGCAAGUACCCCAACCGGCCCAGCAAGACCCCUCCCCACGAGCGGCCCUACGCCUGCCCCGUCGAGUCGUGCGACCGCCGCUUUUCGCGCUCCGACGAGCUGACGCGCCACAUCCGCAUCCACACGGGCCAGAAGCCCUUCCAGUGCCGCAUCUGCAUGCGCAACUUCAGCCGCAGCGACCACCUCACCACGCACAUCCGCACCCACACGGGAGAGAAGCCCUUCGCCUGCGACAUCUGCGGGCGCAAGUUCGCGCGCAGCGACGAGCGCAAGCGCCACACCAAGAUCCACCUGCGCCAGAAGGACAAGAAGGCCGCCGACAAGGGACACGCCGCUGCCGUCGCGGCCGCCCCGACGGCACCUUCCGUGGCCGCCUCCCCGCUGGCGCCCUACUCCGCCUCGCCCGCCUCCUACCCGUCCCCCGCCUCCUCCUACCCCUCGCCGGGGCCGGCCUCCUACUCUCCCCCCGUGACGUCCUAUGCCUCUCCCGUGACUUCAUACGCCUCCCCCGUGACGUCGCCCUUCCCCUCCUUCCCCUCGCCCUCGGUGGCCACCAGCUACGCUUCCAUGGCCUCCUCCACCUUCCAGAGCCAGGCGGCGGCCACCCCGUUCCCAUCCCCCGGUGGCCUCGGCAGCCCCUUCGGCUCCCAAGUGACUUCUGCACUUUCUGACAUGGCCUCCACUUUCUCGCCCAGGACAAUCGAGAUCUGCUGAGAGGAGAAAAGGGGGCAAGGGGGGGACACACACAACCACCACCAAGACUUUCGCGACCCCCACCCACCCCGUCUAGGUAGGGUGGGGUGCUGAUAACGAAUCUUCCUCCGGCACUUGGUGGAGGAACAGUGGACUCCCUCGCAAGCCAACCCGGCCCCCCAGCUUUCCAGCAGCCGGGGGGGUGGGCUGGGGUUGGGACUUAUCUUUCAACUUCAACUGCCUGAAGACACAAGCUCCCUGACACUGGACACCGGAGUUCCUCUCCACUUCUGUUCUGCAUGGACGAGAGAGGUCUUUUUUCUUCCACGAUGAUUUCCCCCCAGCCCGCAAUUCAUUCCUUAGGGGGGAGCAAUGGGACUUUGGGGAAAAAAUCCAUGCAUAGACAAUGUAAUAUUGUAUUAUGUGCCAUGGCUUUGCUUUCCUUCUGGGUUCUUGACGUGAACAACCUCUUUGCAUAUUCAUAUUGCGUUCUUUGGAGUACAAAGGGCCAUCUCUCGCGCGCUCUUUCUUUUUUGUAUAAAUGGUAAUUUUUCGCUCUUUUCGUGACGACAAAGCUGUACUGGGUUUUACAACUUGUUUUGGGGGGUGGGAUGGGGGAGGAAACAAACAAACAAAAAAAGCAGCACUUAACUAUGUAUUUGAGCAUGUCAACAGAGUGUGAUGUUCUUUGUAAAUAUCACCUAGAGGAUGAAACACUCUCGCGUGGCGAAAAGUUUUCGUUUGGUUUGAUUUGUUGUUUUUCCUUUUGAGAACAAAAAAACAAAACACGUCCCAAGUCUUGGUGCCUUGUUGUGAAGCCCUGCUGACGUCAUGCAACUCUGCGAUUGGAUGCUUUGCAUCUAGCCUUAAGGUGAAAAAAGGGAAAGUGGGGGGAAGGGGACUCUAAGGCUCAAACACACACACACGAAAAAGGGGAAAGGAGCCGGGAGACAGAAUGUAAGCAAAAAAGCAAAACAAAGCAAAACAAAACCCCGAACUUCUCAAAAAGUCUAUUUUUGUUACAGAAGUGUAAAAUUUAUAAAUAUAUUCAGCAGUUGGAAUGUUGUAGUUACCUACUGAGUAGGCAGCAAUUUUUUGUAUGUUAUGAACAUGCGGUUCAUUAUUUUUGUGGUUUUAUUUUUGACUUUGUACUUGUGUUUGUUUAAACAAAGGUGACUGUUUGGCUUAUAAACACAUUGAAUGCGCUUUACUGCCAAUGGGAUAUUUGGUGUACAAUACCCUCUGGAAAAGUCAAUAAAAAAUAUCGAGAGACCAGCAGUCAGGC